GCACCACCCAUCACUCCCACACACACACAUACACCAUGUCCACCGAGAUUGUCUACCCCCCGCCGAAUCUGCCGGCCACGCGCGCCGUCCAACUCUCCCAGCAAGCCCCGCGCCUCCUCCAUUCCUCGCCCAACAAGAGUGCGCUGCCCUGGCCGCUCUCCAUCCUCACCUCCACCGAGACCCAAGAGACGUGGGCUACGCACGAGAAUUUGCUGGUGCUGUGCAUCCGGACAGGAGAUGACCGUUCCGCGCGCCAAUGCCUCGAACGCCUGACGGAGCGCUUCGGAGAGACCAACCAACGCGUGCAGGCCCUCAAGUUCCUGUAUGAGAGCGCCGUCGCCGAGGACGACAAGGCGCUCGAGGGGGUGUUGAAGGAGCUGGAGACGGCACUCAAGGCCGACGACACAAGCCUGCCGCUGCGCAAGCGCAAAGUCGCCAUUCUGCGGUCUAUGGGCCGGACGCCGGACGCCAUCGCCGCCCUCGUCGAGCUGCUCGACUUCUCCCCCACGGACGCCGAGUCCUGGGCCGAGCUGUCGGACCUGUACCUGUCGCAGAACAUGCACGCGCAAGCCAUAUUCAGCCUGGAGGAGCUGCUGCUGAUCACGCCGUUUGCGUGGAACGUCCACGCGCGCAUGGGCGAGCUGCUCUACCUAUCGACGCUCGCGGGCAACGCGUCCGAGGGCAACGCCCUGCGCGGCCUCUCCGAGUCGAUGCGCCGUUUCUGCCGCAGCAUCGAGCUGUGCGAUAAUUACUUGCGCGGGUACUACGGCCUGAAGCUGACUACGAAGAAACUCCUCGAUACCCUCCCCACCAGCAAACCCAACAAGCAGCCCGCCUCCGCAUCCGCAGACCCCCAGUUCGGCGACCUCGCGCCCCCUCCCCUCGCAACCGUGCAGAAGCUGCACGAGCUCGCGACCGCCAAGUUGGCCGAAAUCACGCGGCGCGGCGCCGCCGGCGAGCCGGGCUGGGACUUCGACGAGGGCGAGCUGAUUGCGGCGCGGGAGCUGCUGGAUCGGGACGUUGACAAGGCGCCGAAAUGAGCGGGUGGGGACGUUUGGUGCGGAAGUUGUGGUGCGAGUGAAUAAUACGUUGGCAACGUACACUAUGGGGAUGUGUGUGUGUAUCAAAACGACAUUGUUGUGAGUGAGCGGGUCGACGAUGACGACACGGUGGGUAUAGGGCGCUGAAGUAAAGACGUUAAAGACGACAGAUACCCGCGCGCCUCCCCCUUCUCAGCGGAAGACGGAGGCGCGAUGAAUUGCAGCUUUGAAGCCACGAGGGUGUCUGUUGCUGCGACAUACGUAGACGAGCCGGAGCUGACUGCACUGUGCUGUACACAGACAGUUCUGUGCAUGUAUGAAUACCUACGAUUCUUGCAUACGUGCUUAUACAUACCGUGUUUAGGCUGUCCUCAUUACUGGCUGCGCGUGUAUAGUCACUCAUUUGUUAGUUAAUCUUUCUAUACACAAC